AUGAAUUUUGAAAGGAGGGACACUAAGGAGUAUAGCUUCAGAAAUCCUAAUUUGUCAGGGUUGAGAAAGUUAGUAUCAAUGGUUUCUAGUCAUAAGGAUUUUAGAGUUCGUUACGGAAGGCUUUUGGGUAUUCUGAAGACCAAGGUUGAAGAUGGAAUUAUUGACACUCUUGUGCAAUUUUAUGACCCUCUAUAUCAUUGUUUCACAUUCCCUGAUUCUCAGCUCGCCCCUACUUUAGAGGAGUAUUCAUAUUUGGUUGGUUUGUCAGUAUCAGAUAAGGUGCCUUUCAGUGGUUUAGAGGAGAUUCCUAAACCUCCAGUCAUUGCAGAAGCCCUUCAUUUGGAGACGUCUAUUGUGAAAUCUAAUCUCACUUCCAAAGGGGGAAUCCUAGAUUUGACUUACAGGUUCUUAAUGGAGAAAGCUCUUGCCUUAGCUAAAGAAAACAAUGGGGAUGAUUUUGAAGUCAUCUUCGCAUUACGCAUCUAUGGUCUUAUGUUGUUCCCAAACAUUAACAAUUUUGUUGAUGUUAAUGCCAUCCAGAUAUUCUUGAUUGGAAACCCAGCGCCUACCUUGCUUGGAGAUACUUACCAUUAUAUUCAUCAUAGGACUUCCAAGGGUGGAGAAACCAUCACUUGUUGUGCACCUAUGUUAUAUAAGUGGUUUAACACACAUUUGCCUUGA